AUGGUGGUGUCAACAAACAGCUCAGCACGUGGCAUGUGUGCUGCUUGUGGAUUUCAAACGCUUUGCAGCAUCCCGAGGGCUUUCCAACAUCCAGAACUUGGACUUGUGGACGCCUUCUCUAUGUUCUAUGACCUCCAGCAGAAAGCCCCCAACAAGGUCCAACCUGCUGACACUAAGCGGCUUACGGAUCCUAAAGAAUCAUCUCGGCCGGUCGACUCUGCCCCUGCAGCGGACGUUCUGGCUCUGCAGGUUGGCAAUCAGGCCCACUUCAGACCGCGCCUCCAGACGGCAGGCAAGCUCGAAGUGCAGCCUGCUCUUCCCCAAGGUCUCGCGCUACAUCCAGAAACAGGUGUUAUUACCGGCACUCCAGUUCUGGCCGUCGAGGACACAAGAUAUUGUAUCAAAGCCACUGUGGCAGAAGUUUUUCUCAAGGUGGACGCUCACGAGGAUAGUCAAUGCGAGGACGUAUCCAUGUCCAUCAAUGAGGACUUUGCAACGCGGGUGGAUUGCGUGCGUGAGAUUGAGGACAUGCUACCCGAGCCGUGCAAAACAAGGGCCUACGGUGACUGGAUGAUCUGGAUGGUCCAUCGUGCCUGGUUGGAUGAUCCCUCGUUGACGGACCUCAACUUUGGCAACAUGCACAUGCCGCCGCCUCACAUCGAGAGACGCAUUGCUCCCAAGCUGAUGGAAGCUAUGGCAAGGAACACUCACCUGGAGAAGCUGACGCUUUCCAACUCCAACUUGCUCAAGGCAUCCGGAGUUCAGCUGGCCAACGCUCUGCGUGCCAACUCGUCGCUCAAGACGCUGAACCUCGAGAGUAACUGGCUUGACUCCAAUGCUGUCCGCGAGCUUGCUUUAGCCAUCAAGGACAAUCUCAGCAGCAAGAUCGAGUGCUUGCGCUUCUCUCAUCAGAAGCAGAUGGGACAGUUCUUCGGAAGGCCGACGGAGGAAGCAGUGGGGCAAAUGAUGGCGAGUAACGACACCAUCGUGAAGCUUGGCUUUGAAUGUGAUGACGCGCACUGGCGAAAUGAGAUUGAUCGGGCGUUGUUGCGAAACAACGACUCAUGGAGAAGACGGCAAGCUCCUCCUGACGGAGAGGCCUUGCCAACAGCAGAGGAACGUUCUCUAGGGCGGAUACAUCUAGUGCACCCGCCAGAUGCUUCAGCCAGUGAGGUAUUGGACAGCUAUGGCACAUUGUGCGACUACCUGGACCAUAACAAAAAGCUCCCCACAACUUCGCAGCUUCAGAACAGCACCCGCAACAGUGGUCAGCAGAUCACAUAUGCAAAAGCUGCUCCAAUGAUCAAGGAGCUUCGAUCGUGGAUGCUUGAUCAUUCUCUGAACAAAUUGGUGGAAGUCCUCGACACCUUCGAAACUCCGACAUGUGGCAUCCUGCGACAAUGGAGUUCAUGCCAUGAUCAUUGGAUCGUUGAGGUCUGGGUGGAGGAUAGAUUGGUUGCUGAUCAAGUCAAUUGGUUCUCCGGGCGGAGAGCUGCAGAGGUCCGUUUCGUUGCGCCUACCCCCGAGCUUGCAUCGUGGGAAACCGACGUAUCCAUUUGUCACCUGCCCAUCUUCGAGAUCAUCCAAGGUCGGACGACUGGGUCAACUGGCUUCGCGCGAAAGGCAGCUCUCAUACUAUUGGACCGCCGGAAACUCGAGCUGGUGCGAAGCGGGGCAUGGAUGGUAAAGAAUGGCUGCCGUAUGCUCCGAAGCGCGAGUACAGCGCAUGCCGAACCUGCGGCAGAUGGUUCUGCCCUGCUCCCUUUGGAUCAGCAGCCGUUAAGGAUGCCAGACCGCCCUGGCGGCCAGACAAGCGCCUUAUCUCCGCCCAAUGUUCUUGAGCCUGUCACGGUGGAGGAGUGCGCGCUAACUUUCAUCCUGGAUUUCGAGGCGCGCAGCUUAAAUGCGCACUGUGUGCUGGCGCUGGUUGGGGAAGAGGCUGCGCCUGAGGUUGGCUUGCACAUCAAUGAGUGCCUUCAGAUUCAUGAUGUCCGUGUAGAGGGCACAGACUUGAGGCUGGACUUCGUCCUGGAAAAGUGCCUUCACACCGGAUUUGCUGCUCUCGAGGGUUCGCAGAUGAUGAGAGUUUUGCUGCCACAACAAGCAUGGAAAUCCGGAGAAGUUUGCAGCAUAAAGUUGGAGGUCAAGUACAGAGUUCUUCCUGGUUCGACUGCUUUGAUAUGGAUGGAUCACAGCGUCGACGACGACGACACACAGAUAGCCAUGACGCAGGACCAGCCUGGCUGGGCGAGCGCACUCUUCCCGUGGCUCAGAGUUCGACAAGGAUUCGUGCACUUCAGUAUGCAGCGGGAUGCCGGGUGCUGGUCGGAUGGCUAUUCAUUUGCGACUUGCUGCUACGGGCAGCACCGGCACUGUUUCGAUGAGAGGUUUUCGUUUGAAAGAUGCUGCCUGGUUCCAACCGCCGAACUCCGGCACGAGCUGGAUCAGUUUCGCAAAGCCUGGUUGCCGCCUUCGACCGCCUAUGCCUUGGAACGCAUGUGGCAUGGUGGCACAUUCUCCGCUCAUCGACGAUGGGCCACACGAAGGCGGAGCGGUUUACCGCGUCACAAGAUGCUUGCUGUCCAUGAACGUGCCACCAACUACUUGAAGCAGUUGUGCAAACCCUUGAAGGAAUCCGUUGGCUUGUCUGAAAAGCUCUUACCAACCAUUGCCAAGCUGCUGGUUCAUUAUGCUGCCCGCGUGACCUUACACGACACCAGGUCACUAGCAUGGGGACUUCCGCCAGAACGUGUGGCAACUCCGGCGGCCAAGUGGCUCUCCAAGCAGGAAGCUCGAGCUUGGCGGCGGCUACGUCAUUCGAUAGAUUUGGCUCGGGGUGGGCAGUAUGAGAUUUGUUCAUGUGCAGGCCAAGGUUACGACAUGCUGCUUGCUGCCCGCGACAACGUCAAACGGCUCUGGCUGCAUCACCCACUUUUCCUGGAAUCACUUGUGGACCCGAGUCAGCAAGCACACCAUUUGUCCGUGAUGCAAUCGUGUGUCGAUUCUGAGGAGAUGCUGCUGGCAUUGUCCAACUUUGUGGCGACCCUGUCGAAGACGAAUUGUGCAGCUGGCGAUGUGGCAAUGAACAUUGCCAUUGCGCAGGCUUGCUUGGUUCAGAGGCAAUGGGCAAGAGCCCUGGAGCUCUAUCUCCUCUCAUUUGCACUACUUGUAGCAGCACCUUGGACUGAUUGCUUAGAUCAGCAGGUUUGGGAUGUGUCGGCAGAAGACGUAGUCUACAAUGUAGCCCGCAUCGUGGGGCUGAUGUGGACUCCUGUCGGUGAUGAUGCCCUUUUAGUGCCGGCAGAAGCUGUGAGCAGACUUGGUUGGAGACCUCACCCGCACAAAGCACAUGGGCUUUUGUUUGCGGGGCUGUUGCCCUGGAGCCGAAGGCAGUGCAACGGCCCAAGGACACUCUCGGGAGCUUGCCUCGGUUUCGGAAAGAUCCAUGUUCUGUCUCAAGACUUUGAAGGUGCUUCUGCUGCAUUGUGCUCCGAGUUCGGUGCAUUUCACAGCAACGAGUGGGUAAAUGUAUUGCCAGAAGAGCAAUUUCCGAAUGGUCGUGGUACAUCUGGCGAGCUGUUUAUUGUUCCGGUUGGCACGCCUUACCCAAAUUUGUGGCAUGCACUUCAUUGGUGGGUACCUGCGUUGGUGCACAAACAAGAACAGGGCUGGGACCCGAAAAACAUACACGUGGGCGUUGUUUUUGACAGCAAACCAAGAAAUGGACAGCGAUGGGAAGUGGAAAUGCCCGGCAGCGACACCGAAAGGUUCGCCUCCUUUCAUGGAGUGAUCUUGCGGCUGUUGUCGAGCAAUCCCGUGCGUUUCGUUGCACACGAGGGGAACAUGUCGUGCUUUGCAGAAGCCUCGGUUGGAUUUCGCUCCUUCCGAUAUGACCUGGUUACCCCGCAGGUUGCACGCCAAGAUGUCGAAGUGUUUCGUAGAGCCUUGCAAGCUGCUGUCGGUAUGGACAGAAGACUGCUGAACCCGGAAAAUGGAUCCUUCCCACGUGUGCUCAUCAUACAGCGGGAGACGGGGCAACCACGUUACAUCGUGAACUUGGGCCACAUGCUAAGGGUCCUUCGUCGAGGGCAUGGUUUUGUCACGGACUGGCAGCAACUGGAAAAACAUGACCUCUUGGAGCAGUUCUCCUUGGUUGCACAGGCCGCCAUGCUUCAGUUAGACUCGGGCACAACUUUCUAA